GCGCUGCCGGCUGUCUGCGCCGUAGACUGUCGGCGCCCCGGCGGUCAGUAGUGGUUCAGACAUGGCCGCCCUCAGCAAAAUACCGCACUGCUGCUACGAGGUCGGUCACACCUGGGACCCGUCGUGUGUGCAAGCUGCCGUCGAUAUAGCCAAGGGUGCUCUGGAGGUCUCCUUCAAAAUAUACGCCCCUCUCUACCUGAUAGCAGCAGUCCUGAGGAGAAGGAAGAAGGAUUACUAUUUGAAGAGGUUUCUCCCAGAGAUCUUGUGGUCUACCUCUUUCCUCACUGCCAAUGGAAGUCUCUACAUUGUCUUCUUUUGCAUCCUCAGGAAGCUGUUGGGAGGGUUCUACUCCUGGUCCGCCGGGUUCGGCUCGGCACUGCCCGCCUCUUAUAUCGCCAUCCUCCUGGAGCGCAAGAGCAGGAGAGGGCUGCUGACGAUAUACAUGACAAAUCUCGCCACUGAGACGCUGUUCCGCAUGGCAGUGACACGAGGAAUCGUCAAUCCCAUCAAACAUGGCGAGGUGCUCUUGUUCUGCAUAACUGCAUCGCUCUACAUGUUCUUCUUCAGGAGUAAAGAUGGUCUCAAAGGCUUUUCAUUCUCCGCAUUGAAGUUCAUCGUAGGAAAAGAAGAGAUUCCAACGCACUCUGUCGCCGGCGAACAGACCUGCGCCAGGUCCCUCGAGAGGGCCGCCGCUUUGGGGCCCGAGGAUCCACAGGCAUCAGGAGACAGGCCGUCCUCCAGGAGCAAAACUCUGGUAGCUCAAAUCAGGGCUCUGCUUCAAUCCAUAUGCAAAAAGGGUCCAAGACACCGAUGUUGUAAACAUUACCAAGACAACUGCAUAUCCUACUGUGUGAAGGGCUUUGUCAGGAUGUUCAGUAUUGGCUACCUGAUUCAGUGUUGUCUUAAAGUGCCUUCAGCAUUCCGGCACAUGCUGACUAAACCCUCCCGGCUCCCAUCGCUCUUCUACAACAAGGAGAACUUCCAGCUAGGGGCCUUUCUAGGAUCUUUCGUCAGUAUCUAUAAGGGAACGAGUUGCUUGCUGCGCUGGCUGCGCAACAUUGACGAUGAACUCCACGCACUGAUUGCUGGCUUCCUGGCUGGUAUGUCGAUGUUCUUCUACAAAAGCACGUCAAUAUCCAUGUAUCUGUUCUCUAAGCUGGUGGAGACCAUGUACUUCAAGGGCAUUGAGGCCGGACACUUCCCUUACUUUCCUCAUGCAGACACAGUCCUCUAUGCCAUCUCCACUGCCAUCUGUUUCCAGGCUGCUGUGAUGGAAGUGCAGAACCUCAGGCCGACGUACUGGAAGUUCCUGCUGCGUUUAACAAAGGGCAGAUUUGCUCUGAUGAACCGGCAGCUGCUCGAUGUGUUCGGUACUCAAGCUUCGCGGGACUUUAAAGGCUUUGUUCCCAAACUGGACCCUCGAUACACCACGGUGCUUCCACCGGGAGGCGACGUCCAGCUCGGUUGAGUUGGGACCAGGUCGUGGGGAGGUGGAGGUGGGUGGAGGGGGGUUACCUCAACAGGAAACAGAAAGGUUGUAUGUUAUACAACCUUCUGAAAGUCGAAGAAGGGAUGUGGCGUUGUGAACUGAGAUGGGUUCUGGAGGAUGUUGAGCCUAAACGCAACUCUGUGCGAUUCAAUUGUGGUGCCACACAAGCACAAUACCUUAAUAGGCCUUUAUGAAACUGGUAAAAAUGAAUGAACAAGAGUAUUUAUUACUAAAUAGUACUAUUAAUACUUAUUAUAAUAAUAUGAAGUCCUAAUAAAACACAGACAGAAAUAUAGGCUGAAAUUUCCAGUUGCUCUUGGCAGUGUGACAUCACCUGUUUAAGAUGUGGAGGGCAGAACUAAGGUGUAUAAUAUUUAGGUUUGGAGGGUUGCUCUGACAACAGGGCAAAACUCACUAACCUUUGUGAAUCCCCUGAUUUUGACUGAUUUAACCAGAGAAAGAAUUUUGGCUCAUUACUCAAUCAUUUCUGUCACUUUUUGCUAGUGAUGAUAUGUGUAAUUAUAUUGUCGACAAUGGAAGAUGAAGAUAGAUGGAGAUCUAUGAUGUGAAACACAUGGCUGGAAAGUCAACAAUUUUAAGAAGUUACUUAUUGAUUUUGUCUUAGUUAAUUUUUUCAAAUGCAAAUUUUACCAAAUCUCAUGCUCGAGAGCAUUGGUCAUAAUGAUGGCAAUCAAGCAAGUUAACAUUAUACACAAUGUGGUAGCAGGAAGAAACGGGUGGGGGGGGGGUGAUCUAUUGGUUAUAAAACUAAUUUACUGUUGAUAAAGUGAUGUAAAUACCAAUAAUAUCACCUUGAAGACACAUAAAUGAGGUGUAAAUAUAGCUACCGAAAUAUUUGUAAAUCACACCAACUCAUUGCACAUAUAUAUAUAUAUAAAAAGGUUUAUUUAAAAGAUUAAAUAACAGUCAUAAAUUCAGCUGCAUGGUCCUGGUUUUCUCAACUUGUAUACAUACGUCUUACAUUUUUCUACUGGUCUGCUUUUUAUUGCAGACUAUUUUUGGACAGAAUUAUUUUAUUUUGGUCUUCAAUCAUUUUGCAACAUGAGAAAAAAAUAAAGAAAUGAUGUUUCCAUUCGUCCCACCGGGCUGUCACAGGGAUGCUUCCAGUCCUCAUAUCUGGGUAUACGAUUGUAAUCAGCAAGUUUGUCUUUUCCUCUUCUGGUUUCAGUAGAAUAUAAUGCAGAAACCGUUUCUAAAUCCAUAUAAUGAGGAAUUAGGGGGCCAGAUUGACGCUUUUAACUUGACGCAAUAAAGGAAACCUCUGCACACGCAAAGCACGCUGCUCAAUCCGCAUCUGUUUUUUAGUAUGCGUAUCUGCCCCAUAAAGAUGUUUGAACAGGAUGCAUUACACCAGUUUCUAAGUGAUGAAUGGUUGCAGUUGUUCUGUAGUUAAUGAAUCCCUGGAAGCAGUAGGUGCUUCUGUGCUUCAUGUGAAACUGUUGAGCUAUUUGCUGCAAAUUCAACCAUGCCGUUGCACAGCGCUCAUCUUGACCUAAUCACAGAUGUGAAACUAUUUAAUUUAAACUCUGUAAAAUGUUUGCUUCUUUUUUUUUUGCACAGCUCACUGCCUGGUAAUAUAUUCAAACUGCCAGUUUGUGAACCUCUUGCAUUGUAUUUCUCAAACCAAAUCAGCUUUAGACACACCAGACCUCUGUAACAGAAGCCAUGUUCAGACUAAAGUAGAAUUGUUUAGAAAAUAGUCACAUGUUAACUAAAACUAUUGCACAGUUAUCUUCAUCAAAUGUUUGCGAUUCAUAAAAAAAGUGUACAUUAAAAUAUUUUUUAAUCCAA